AUGAACACGAAACAAAUAUAGUAAAGAUUUUAUCCUUAAUAGGUUUUUCAUUCUAAGAUAUUUCAAAUUUUACAAUUCUCCUCAUAAUAAAUUAAUAUACUAAUGACUCUUUAAAAUAAAAAUAAGUCUAAUAAUGUGAAUAAAUGUUAAGUUUAGCAAACACAACAGGAAAAAUUAUUGCUUAUCUAAUAUGCAGUUUUUUAGCUUUUAAUAUUGAUGCUUUAAGCAUUCAUGUAAUUAAUUUAUAUAUAUAUAAAUUUAGUUUUUUUCAAAAGGAUUUUUAGGAUAAUUUAUCUUUUGCUUAUUAUAUAGGAGUUAUAAUUUCUAUAAUUUCCUUAAUAUUAUUAUUUAAUAGUAUUUAAUUACAUGGAUAUUAAAAAAAAAAAAAUGAAAGUCAAAUAUAAUUUAAUGUUGAUACUUUUUUUCCAGGAUUAAGUGAAUUUAAAACAAUUGACUUGGAACAAAAAAAACUCAUAAUAGGGUAUUUUUUAAUGUCUUGUAAUUUAUUACUUAUAUUUAUUUAUGCAACCUUAUGGACUGGUGUAAGUAUGCUAUAAUCAAGUAUAAUAUUAGAAUAUUAUGAUGAAUCAACAAGUUAUAGUAAAGAAUUUUUAUUUAGUAUGGGAAUAAGUUGGGGAUCAAUAGUUUUAUGUGUAGGCUCUUUUUUAUAUUAUUUUAGUGAAUAGUUAAUUGAUAAAAUGA